CCCAUUCGCUAUUCAUUCGUUUGGUUUUAAGUCUCGUGUGUGAUAAAAGAGAUGGCAAGAACUAAGCAGACAGCGCGCAAAUCUACCGGUGGCAAAGCGCCCCGUAAACAGCUCGCCACUAAAGCAGCUCGUAAGAGCGCUCCCGCAACCGGUGGUGUGAAAAAACCUCACCGUUAUAGGCCUGGUACGGUAGCUUUGCGCGAGAUCCGUCGCUACCAGAAGUCUACCGAGCUGCUUAUCCGCAAGCUGCCUUUCCAAAGACUGGUGAGGGAAAUCGCCCAGGAUUUCAAGACUGAUCUCCGUUUCCAGAGCUCCGCCGUUAUGGCUCUACAGGAGGCCAGUGAGGCUUACUUGGUUGGUCUAUUCGAAGACACCAACUUGUGUGCUAUCCACGCCAAGAGGGUGACGAUAAUGCCGAAGGACAUACAGCUAGCUCGACGUAUUCGUGGGGAACGCGCCUAAGGACGCAAACAAACACUAAUUACGUGGGAACAAAGGCUCUUUUCAGAGCCACCAAAA